ACACGUCCACACUCCCACUAAAAUCGACGAUUUUUCACAGCCGCCAGUCGCCACCGCGAUUCUCGUCGUCGGAAACUUCGUCUCCUCUCCCUCUUCAUCGACGGUGUUUCUCUAUAAAUUUCUUGGUUUACUCAUCUCCGAGCUCGUGACGCCAUGACCAUUUUCUCAGCUCAGUCCACUAUCAUCACCCGAGCUUCCGUCGCUCUUCUCUCCAGCAACGGACUCAAACGCUUUUCCUUCUCCUCCACAGCUCUAUACUCUCCACCCCUCCCCAAAACGAAGAAGCGCCGCUUCCCCAUCGUCUCCGCCGUUGAUAUCGGCGGCGUCACUAUCGCUAGAAACGAUGUGGUGAGAGAGGAUGAUCCUACAAACAAUGUGCCAGACUCCAUCUUCUCUAAACUAGGGAUGCAGUUACACAGAAGAGACAAACAUCCUAUUGGGAUCAUAAAGAAUGCUAUCUACCACUACUUCGAUUCUAACUACGCUAAAAAGUUUGAGACUUUCGAAGAUCUUUCACCCAUUGUUACCACCAAGCAAAACUUUGAUGAUGUGCUAGUCCCUGCUGAUCAUGUAAGCAGGAGCCUUAACGACACCUACUAUGUAGAUUCCCAAACUGUUUUGAGAUGCCAUACAAGUGCUCACCAAGCUGAGCUCUUGAGGGAAGGUCAUAGACGUUUCCUUGUUACUGGAGAUGUUUACCGUAGAGAUUCUAUCGAUUCUACUCAUUAUCCGGUUUUCCAUCAGAUGGAAGGCUUUUGUGUGUUUUCUCCUGAGGACUGGAACGAGUCUGGCAAGGAUUCUACAUUGUAUGCUGCUGAGGAUUUGAAGAAAUGUCUAGAGGGGUUGGCACGUCACUUGUUUGGUGCUGUGGAGAUGAGAUGGGUUGAUACAUAUUUUCCAUUUACUGAGCCGUCUUUCGAGCUUGAAAUUUAUUUUAAGGAAGACUGGUUAGAAGUUUUGGGUUGUGGGGUGACAGAACAAAGGAUUUUGAAGCAGAGUGGAUUAGAAAACAAUGUUGCUUGGGCCUUUGGACUUGGAUUGGAACGACUUGCUAUGGUUUUGUUUGACAUUCCUGAUAUAAGACUUUUCUGGUCAGACGAUGAACGGUUUACCUCUCAGUUUGGAAAAGGAGAGCUUGGAGUCAAGUUCAAGCCAUUCUCAAAGUAUCCUCCUUGUUAUAAGGACAUUAGUUUCUGGAUCAGUGAAUCAUUCACAGAGAAUAACUUUUGUGAAGUUGUGAGAGGAAUCGCUGGGGAUCUUGUUGAAGAGGUGAAAUUGAUAGAUAGUUUCACCAAUAAGAAAGGGAUGACGAGUCACUGUUACAGAAUUGUCUUCCGUUCCAUGGAGCGCUCUCUUACUGACGAGGAGGUCAACGAUCUGCAGAGUAAGGUGCGUGAUGAGGUGCAGAGAAAACUGAAUGUUGAGCUAAGGUGAUUUUUUUUUGUUGAACACUAGAGUUGUUGCAGACGAUGGCGAACUAAAUUUCAGGUUCUUUUAUAUUGUAACUCCUACAUGAAUUUGUUUUCUUCUGCGAAAAUUAUAUUACCCUCAAAUAAAAUAUAUGUACUUUGUUUAAAAUUCCAAAAGGAAAGAAAUAUAAGGUUGUGGUUGUGUUUA